AUGUCUGAUAGGCAGAAGGGUGUUGAUCCUUCCUUGGAUGCUGUGUGGCCAAAGGUACCAAGAAGGUAUUGUGCAAGACAUUUGUGCAAGAACUUUAAAUCUCAGUACCCUGGCCUUGUCAUGCACAAGAUGUUUUGGACAGUGGUUAAGUCAUAUAUACUCAGCUUUUGUUUCAAGAAGUCAUUAUUAAAGCUCCAAAGCAAUGCUAGUUUAGGUGCAGUUAGAUGGUUUAAAAAUAUUGGUCCCUUAGAUAGGUGGGCUAGGUGGAAAUAUGAUCCAACUUUGUGCAAUGAUGAAUGUACAAAUAAUUUUGUUGAGAGCUUUAACUCAACAAUUGGAGCUGACAGAUGCUACCCCAUACUGACUUUACUGGAAGGGGUGAGGAGGGUAGCCAUGGUAAGACAUACUACCAGACAACACUUAAGUGAAAUGUGGGCAGAUGGAGUGUGUCCUAACAUCAGAGAAAAACUAAGGGUGAUAAUCAAAGACUCAAGGAUAUGUCAUGCCUACCCAUCAGGUAGAGGGGAGUAUGAGAUUCAUGAUGGUAGAAGUGUAUUUCCUGUCUCACUUACCAACAGAUCUUGCAUCUGUGGAAGAUGGCAGAUAAGUGGCAUCCCAUGCAAGCAUGGAGGCAAUGCCAUAUUGGAUGCUGGGAAGGAACCACUUGACUAUGUUAGUGAGUGGUUUUCAGUGUCAAGAUAUAAAGAAGCAUACAGGGGGAAUAUCUCACCCAUCUUAGAUCAAGAACAAUGGCCUGAGACGGACUUGCUUAAGCUCACUUCACCUGCCAUGAAAAGAGGAAUAGGAAGACUUUUCUAG